AUGGUUGAAGACGGUCAAUUCGACAUGUCCAUUGUUCGCGAUAACUUCCCCGUCGCUGCAGCAAUUUAUAUUGUCUUUGGCGUGCUGAUCUUGCUGUUUUUGCUGUUCUGUUUGGGACCAUUGGCAUGCUGUUCUUGCUGUCGGCGUUGCUGCUGCUGCGUUCGCCGAAGAUCACACAAGACGCGGAGUCGAACUAUGUGGUACAUCAUAUUUGGCACAUGCUUUGCACUUAUUGCUGUUGGGAUGGCAAUUGCAGGAUAUCGAGUCGACAAGAAAGUCCUGGACGAAACCACAGCCGUUGUUUGUGCUGGAGGCCGGUCUGUGGAUGAGCUGCUUUACGGGACUCGCAUCGAGGGCACUGACACAGAGCGACAAAGCAGACAGACAUUCGGGGGAAUAAAGAAUAUUAUGGAUGGAACGGAAAGGCUGUUGGACGCUGCCGAUGGGGAUAAUCCAGACAAUUUUGUUAGCUACGUAAAGCGGAAAAUUCUUGCAACUGUAGAUAUAACUGCUGACAGGGCACAGUUUGGAAAUGCAGCAGACGCCUCGCUGAAAAAUAUUGAGGAAACUAAGAAGCUUGUUGACAAGGCCUCUCACAGGAACAUUUUUGUUGAUGAGAAAUCUGCAACUAUUACUCCACUCCUAGCAAACAUUAAGACACAACUACAAAAUGUAGACAUUGCGACUGAUAUAUCUGACGCUUUUGAAAGCAUAUCGCUCCCUUCAGUGGAUCGCAGCGGCUUAGCUGAAGGAGAAAAGGUGAUAGAGAUGAUGUCGGACAUGACGAAUUCCGUUGGAGAUGCAUCACACUGGGCUGAAUAUGGCAUACACGUUUUGGACGCAGUGUUCCUGAGCAUAAGCGUGGUUUCCGGCGGGCUGGCAAUUCUGGCUGUGAUUUUCCUCGUUUGGACGCUCUACAGGCCAAAUAAGUGCCUUAGAAGGGGUUUAGUCUUCAUGAGUGUUGUACUGACACUUCUGGCCGCGCUGACCUGUAUAGUCGUUGCGGUGGCGUCAGUUUUGCACAAAGUUGGGAUUCCGGUGUGCGAUUACGCUACAGUACGCUUCAUGGAUGUAAAUAGCUCGCACAUUCUUGCUAAACUGCAUGGUGAGGACAGUGAAAUUUUCGAAGUGGCCAAAAUAUGCCUAUCGGCAACUGGUAGUGGAGAGCUCCUCCAGAACGAGGACGGUUCGAACCAAAUAGACAAACUUGUGGAAACAUUGGAAUCUAAAAGGAAGGAAAUAUGCGAUGCGAUUCCGGAGCCGGAAGACAGGGACUUCAAUUUUCUCGAUUUUCAAAAUCUUGAUGAGGAUGCAAGGCACCAGAGUUGGGCAGUAUUGUCGAAGGAGACUCAAGUCCAAACUUUCAAAGAAAUUAUCCAGAGCGGUAUCCAAGAUCUAGAUUCCACAGUGACAAUAUCCAACUCAAAGACCAAAAUAUAUGGUAUGGAAAGUGCUAGAAGCGCAAUCAGGCCUUGGAGAAUCAGCAUCAGCAACGCAUCAAACCCGGGGAGCUUGAUUAUCACGAGCGAGGCGCCCACUGAGGAACAACUUAACCACUGGGCUACAGAGUGCAACACAGCUAAGGGUCAAGUGGAAUGCGACAAGGUAAAAGCAGGCGUGCCGAUACUGAAAAAAAGAAUUUCCCUGCUAACUUCCCCCGCCCAGUGCUACUCUAGCUCAAGUGGAUCUGUUGGGAGACCCUGCUCAGUUAAAGAGCUUAUGGGAGGUUCGGGUGAAUCCACUGUCCCGCAAAAUGCUCUUGACCGAUCAGUUACCGCUGCUGCUGACUCAGGCGCUGUGGCGGACGAAAGCAUUACCACCGUACAAAACGAAGUGCUCAAGCUUAAACAGGGCAGCAACUGCAAAUUCACAAGGGACCGGAUGAUCCGACUGACUAAUCACUUGUGUUACAAUGCUAUAGAUAGCCUGAGUACAGUGACUGCGCUAUACUUUGUACUAGCCAUUGCGAUGAUGCUGCUGGUAACGGUGCUUCUUAUCCUUAUUGUUGAGUUACGUGAUAAUGAUAAGUACGGAUCCACACAGCGUGCUUCCGCAGAAGACCACUCAGUAGAAAAAGCGGAUCCAGAUGUUGAGGCCCCCGUCGUGGCCAAUCCAGAAGAAACAAGAGAAGCAGAGGUUGAUGGCGCCGUUGGUCCGGACAAUCCGGACACUGUUCAUGAAGUCCCUCCAGCAGCCUCGGAAGAUCCGGAAGCAGUGCCGCAUAGCCCGGAGAGUGCUUCAAAGGAAGAUUUGAAGGCAACUGAGGAGGGCCCGUAG